GCGAGUAAUUGAAACGACAAUUGAACAGUGUUAGAAUCCAAAUAUAAAAGACGUCCAGAAAUUUUCCAGUCUAAGACAUCCUCUUUCUUCUUCACUCUUUCGGUCUUCCCACCAACUUAAUUAAAAAAACAAAAUCAACUUCAAAUUUCCAAGUGAAUUUUUAUAAAUAGAAACGAAAGGGAAAAAAAGAAAACAGGGGAGGGAAGAGAAAAAAAAGAUUCGAUGGGUGCGUCUCUGUCCAACUUAACGGAAGGAAGCAAUGGGACGGUGAUGGGACCGGGAUUAGGGGACAUACCGGAGAGCUGUGUGGCCUGCGUUUUCACUUACUUGACGCCGCCGGAGAUUUGCAACCUGGCGAGGUUGAAUCGAGCGUUUAGAGGGGCUGCGUCUUCGGAUUCUGUUUGGGAAAUGAAAUUACCCAGUAAUUAUCAAGAUCUGCUGGAUUUAGUGCCACCCGAAAGGUACCAGAAUUCGUCCAAAAAAGAUAUUUUUGCCCUUCUCUCUCGCCCGGUACCUUUUGAUGAUGGAAAUAAGGAAAUAUGGCUGGACAGAGUGACCGGCAGGGUAUGCAUGGCAAUAUCUGCCAAAGGGAUGGCAAUAACUGGAAUUGAUGAUCGGAGAUAUUGGAAUUGGGUUUCUACAGAAGAAUCUAGAUUCCAUACUGUGGCCUAUUUGCAGCAAAUAUGGUGGUUUGAAGUAGAUGGAGUAGUAAAGUUCCCUCUUCCAGCUGAUAUCUAUACUCUUUCAUUCAGGCUUCACCUUGGAAGAUUUUCCAAAAGGUUGGGAAGAAGAGUGUCUAGUUUUGAGCACACCCAUGGUUGGGACAUAAAGCCUGUAACAUUUGAGUUGUCUACUUCUGAUGGUCAGCUAGCAUCAUGUGAGCACUAUUUAGAUGAUACUGAACAAGAUUAUGAUAAUGGAAAUCAUAAGCGCGGAUGCUGGAUAGACUACAAGGUUGGGGAAUUUAUUGUCAACGACUCUGAACCAGUUACUGAAGUCAGAUUUUCUGUGAAACAGAUAGAUUGCACACAUUCUAAAGGAGGACUUUGUGUAGAUUCUGUAUUUAUCAUCCCCACUGACCUAAAAGAGCGUAAAAGAAAAGGGAUGUUGAAAUAGCCAGAAGCAUAUCAGAGUUACUGUUGACAUCAGCGAUCCCCGGAAUUCCCAUGUGGGGUUUCACGUACAGGUUAUACUUCUAAAGGCAUUUGUUGUUUUAGAGGAUUUCAUCUUAAUUGAUUUUCAGAGUAGGCAUGUGUCCUCUAUGAUUACGCAAGUUUCACUACCAUGUAUUUGAUCCAGUUUUGUUUCCUCUUUUACACCUCUGCACAUAAAAUUAAGAGAUUAUGGUUGGUUAUGAUCUUGUUUUUCACCAGAAGCUUUCUGUUAAAAUUUUUGUAAUUUAGUUGUGAUGCAAAUGAGGUAAUCUAAUUCCUUUCUUAUAUCUUAAUUGACCCAGUUUUUAUUGUCUUGUUGUUUACUUAUGCUUUUAGAAAGGUUCGUGGGAGUUGGAGAAGCCUUGUUUGAUCUGUUCUUAUCUCUUUGAAUGUUUUUAACUGUUGCAAUAUUGGUUAAAUUAUUUUCUGUAGUUAUCACCAUAAUGAGUGUUGGUAUAAAUUAUGAAAAUUGUGGCAUCCCUGCAACUUGGUCUGUGGUUGUUUAGAUGUUGGGUCGUAUCUGGAGUUUAUGGUUUUAUCUAGUUUUACUGCAAUAGUGAUGUUGGUAUAAAUGCUUUUCCUGGACAAAUUGGCAUUUAGUUGAACCAUUUUUGCACGUAGGAAUACGAUGGUUCUGUUUCCAAUUUAAUCUUAUAUGUGGUGUUAGAAGAUUUUGACAGGAGGAAACAAAAUACCAAAACUUGGCAGUCUUAUGGUUUGGAUUGGCUGUUGGUGGUGAUAGUAGGUGGUCCAGUUUUGGUAUUUAAAAGAUGUAAUGAGUGUGAAGUGAGUUGCAUUCCUACAUGAAACCCUGACCUUAGCUCUACUGACCUCUUUUUACCAAAGGCUGGUCCACGGACAACUGUCAUGCUAGGCUGGGAUAGAUCAUGUUCCUUCUUCUGUUUUGAAUCUUUUCCAGUUAAAAAGAAAGAGCAUUAAUUAAAA